AGCAGAGUUAGAGCGAGGGUGGGGAAGGGCUGGGAGCCAGGACGCCUGGGUCCCAUUGACCUCUCUUGGUCCUGGCAGGAGGAUGAAGCUGCUCCCCCGGUGCUGCCGGCUCCAGGUCCUCGGGGCUGCCCUAGCCGUGUGCAUGACCAUCGGCUUCACCCUCCAGCUGCUGGGGGUCCCCUUCCAAGGGAGGGGCUCCCCAGACUGGCUGCCCCACCUCCGGUUGCUCCCCGGGGGUGGGGCUAAGGAGAGUGCUCCCUCCGACCCUUUGUCCCCCCGGCACUGCCAGCCCCGGCGCCACAUCGUCUUCCUGAAGACGCACAAGACGGGCAGCAGCACCAUUGUGAACCUGCUGCACCGUUUCGGGGAGACGCAGGGCCUGCGCUUCGCCCUGCCCCCCCGCUACCAAUUCGGGUACCCUUACCCCUUCCAGGCCCGGCGAGUGAAGGGCUACCGGCCGGGGGGGCCCAGAUUCGACAUCCUCUGCCACCACAUGCGCUUCGACCUGCCCGAGGUGCAGAAAGUGAUGCCCCCCGAUAGCUUCUACUUCUCCAUCGUGCGGGACCCGGGGUCGCUGGCCGAAUCUGCCUUCUCCUACUACCGGGGGGUGGCGCCAGCUUUCCGCCGGGCGGGCUCGCUGGCCCAGUUCCUGGCGGCGCCCGAGCGCUUCUAUGACCCAGCAGAGCGGGGCAACCACUACGCCCGCAACCUGCUGUGGUUCGACUUCGGGCUGGCGCCGCUGGCCGCACCGGGCCCCGAGGACGUGAGGGCGGUGCUGGCCCAGCUGGAGCAGACCUUCCCGCUGGUGCUGCUGACGGAGCACUUCGAUGAGUCGCUGGUGCUGCUGCGGGAGGCGCUGUGCUGGGCGGAGGAGGAUGUGGACUCCUUCCGGCACAACGGGCGCAACCCCCGGGCCGUGCGGCCCCUGGACCCCUCCCAGGCCGCCCAGCUGCGGGCCUGGAACGACCUGGACUGGCAGCUCUAUGCCCACUUCAACCGCAGCUUCUGGCGCCAUGUGGAGGCCUUUGGGCCAGCCCGGCUGCAAGCCGAGGUGGCCCGGCUGCGGGAGCGGCGCCGGGUGCUGGCCGAGCUCUGCCUACAGGGCGGGGGCCCCAUGGAGGCGGCCGGCAUCCCCGACGAGCAGAUCCGCCCCUUCCAGUUCGGCCAGGCGCAGAUCCUGGGCUACGCGCUGCGGCCGGGGCUGGGACCCGCCGAGCAGCAGCUCUGCACCCGCAUGGUCACCCCCGAGCUGCAGUACAAGGACAGGCUGGACGCCCGACAGUUCGGGGCCAACAGCUCGCAGAGCGCAGGUGGAGGGCGGGGUAGGUAGCCGGGGGCCACCUCUCCCCACCCCCUGCCCCCAGUACAGACGGAUGGGGGGAAUACGGUACAUACCCUCAUGGGGACCCCACAGAUCAAGCCCCCGGCACAGACAGAGAGAGAGAUGGGGCACAGCUCCCCAGCACAGACAGAUGGGGGUUCAAUGGGGCACAAAACUCUCUCCUCCAAUAUCCUGGCUCCUGGUAUGAACAGACGGGGCUGGGACAAUGGGUAAACCCUGCACACUUC